AUGACGGAGAGAAGCAUCGCCGCUCAGACGCUGAUUUAUUUAUCACAUCACUCCUGGCUCAUGUGCCAUCCUCCUCCUCCUCCUCCUCCUCCUCCUCCUCCUCCUCUUCUUCUUUUCCUCCUCCUCCUCUGUGUCUCGGGGAAAAUCAAACUGACAGACGUGAGGAGAGAUGGUGAUGAUGACGGAGUGACAGGAGCAGAUUUCAGCGCAUUAGUCAGAGGAUCUCAGAGGGAAAGACGUCGAGCCGGAGAAAAACUUCUUCAUGAGUCUGCUGCUGCCGUCUGCUCCAGCAUCCGUCUGACCUUUGGCCUCUACGUCAGAUCGGACCCAACUUUCUCAGUCAGUCUCAUCCAGGACCGCAGAGUGUACCUGAUGUAUGUCAGUUACAUGUCCCUGUCAUACAUCAGUGUUCUACGUGUUUCUGAUGAUAACAAUGAUAAUAAUAAUAAUAAUAAUUAAAUAAUAAUAAUAAUGAUGAUAAUAAUAAUAAAAACAAUAAAAAUAUUAAAAACAAUAAAAAAUAAUAAAAAUAAUUAAAUAAUAAUAAUAAUAAUAAUAAUAAUAAUAAUGAUAAUAAUAAUAAAAACAAUAAAAAUAUUAAAAACAAUAAAAAAUAAUAAAAAUAAUUAAAUAAUGAUAAUAAUAAUUAAAUAAUAAUAAUAAAAAUAAUAAUACUAAUAAUCAUAAUAAGAAUAAAAACAAUAAAAAAUAAUAUAGAUAAUUAAAUAAUGAUAAUAAUUAAAUAAGAAGAAUGAAAAUAAAAAUUAUAAUAAAAAUAAUUAAAUAAUAAGAAUAAUAAAAUUUAUAAUAAAAAUAAUUAAAUAAUAAUAAAAAUAGUGAUAAUUAUAACACUUAUAAUAACAAUAAUUUAUUAUUAUUUCGUUGUUAUUAUUUUAUUAUAUUUAUUAUUAUUAUUAUUAUUGUAUUAUUAUAUUAUAUAACUAUUGAAUGUACUUAAUCAUUAUGUACAUCCAUACAUGAGGAUCAGUCAGUGAGUCAGACAGACGGCUGCAGCAGGUACAUUCGGACCUUUGUUCCGCCCUGAGUUUGGCCUCUCAGGCUGAGACAAACAUUCAAACAUAGUUUUAAAACUUUUUACGAACUUUAAAUAUUUUGUAGUAAGAAACUUAAAUCUGAUUGUGUCUCUGUUAGGGAAACUAAUGUGGAGGUUUACUCUGAGAAGAGGGAACAGAAAGGGUUAAGUGAGCUGAAGGUUCGUGUCCCUGCAGACCCUCUGUUUUUACUCCUAAAAUAAGUUUUUAAUGAAUGUGUGUAACUUUUUGAUUUCGUCCUGGAUUUGUCAAACUGUUCUCCUGUAAACAGGAAGUGGUCUAAUUGGAUCUGGCAGAUUCUGCGUGUGAUGGAUUUCAUCAUGAGCUACAAAAAGAAGAAUUAUUUCUGACAGGCAAACAGACUGUCGGUGCUUCUUAUUAAUGGUCUGCUCUUAAUUUAAGUGAGCGACUGUCAUUAAAACGCUGAGACGCUCGUCCUCUUCGAGCUUUUUCCACCACACGAUUUAUCUUUUUGGCUGCUUUAAGCCUCCAAUUUGUAAUGAGUUAUUGGGCUGUUCCCCGAUAUUCCCCUGUGAUUGAGCAGGAAGUAUUCGGGACAUGAUUUAUAGAUGUUAAUUGUGGUGUUCAAAAAAUUCACAAUGGAGUACAGGAGGAGGAAAAAGAGGAGGAGGAGGAGGAGGAGGAGGAGGGGGUGGUGCACAUCUGGAGAAGUCAUCAUGUCUAAAGCCAAGUUUCUGGUCCUGGGAGGAAAGUAAAAGCCAAGCUGAAUGUGAACUAAGCUGCACCCUGGAGAGUACAAAAUAUUUUCCCCCGUCAGCUCGGCCCCGGGCCCCCAGCUCGGCCCCAGGCCCCUCAAAUCCCACAUGUGCCGACCUCCACCGAACCCGGGUCCACAUCAGAUCCAGCUCUGCAGGAGCUCGGAGCGCUCGCUGCCCAAACAAGACAUUUUUGUAUUUGAUAUUAAAGCAGCAUCAGGCGGGACAUCCAUCACUGAGGGGGGAGGAGGGGUGAGGAGGGGUGAGGAUGGGAAAACAAUGUGUCUCCUCCUAAAACAGGACCCACCUGCAGCUCCUCCGUCGCUCCCAUCAAACCAGAGAAGUUCAUGA